GAGCAUUGAGGAAACGGUGGUUUUUCAACGAUACCCAGGCGUUUCAAUCUUCAGUCCAUACGACAAAUUUUCGGUGUCGGCUCGUGUACGGAAAAAUUUGUUCCGACUUUAAAACAAGUUAUCAUCGUUGAUCCAGACAAACUUGAAGGCCAAUAAAUCGUGAAAUAAUCACAAUACCAGCGGCAAUCAUCCCAAAAUUAUCCCGAGUGAAUAACCAAAGAGAGUUGGUUGGAGAUAAUGCGUGACAACGGGGAUAUUAAUUGCAGUGAUCGUUUUAGGCCAUACAACAUGACGGACCGUAAAGCUGUUAUUAAAAAUGCUGACAUGUCGGAGGAGAUGCAGCAGGAUGCUGUCGAUUGUGCAACCCAGGCCCUAGAAAAAUACAAUAUCGAGAAGGAUAUUGCAGCGUAUAUCAAGAAGGAAUUUGACAAAAAGUACAAUCCAACGUGGCACUGCAUUGUUGGACGUAACUUUGGCAGCUACGUAACGCAUGAAACAAGACAUUUCAUCUACUUCUACCUGGGCCAGGUGGCAAUUCUUCUCUUCAAAAGUGGAUAAGCUACAGAAUAACAACAACAACUUCUCUGUACCCCAAACGAAAAACAGGAAAAAAAUUAACCACCCCCUCCCUUUCCCCUACAAUUCUUUCCAUCUCGACAUUUACCAUCCUUUAAAAUAAAUUAACCGGUAUAUAACUGAAUGAAUUCAUCGUUUUUGAGAGAAAGGGCGAGAGAAAGUGAGAGAGCGAAAGAGAGAGAGAGAAAGAAAAAGAGAGUCCUAGCAUCGAGACUAAUGUAUUAAGAGACUAAAUAUCGAUGGUAUCAUCCUGAUGUUGUUAAAUGGUUACUCGUGAGGCCGAGUAUAAAAUGUGUAGAAAAAAUAACUGAAAUCUGAGGGUAGGGGGACUUACUUUGAAAAAAAAAGAAAUGAAAAAAAAAAUGCGUACGAGUGUACAUGUUCAAAUGUAACAGCGUGUGCAAAAAAAAAACUUUGUUGUGUUCUUGUUUUAUAUUAGGUAUAUAUCUACGGUUGGGUUCAAUGCUGGCGGUUUUUAAUUCAUAUUAGAAUUUCAGGAGAUGAAAAAUUACAUUAUAGUUUAUGUACAAAGCGACAGCAACUGACAGUUCGGUAAAUUCGUUGGAUUGUCAUUCACUGGGAGGGGAGAGGAAAUUUAAAUUUAUUGUGAAUAACCAGUCGCCAAUGAUGAACGCAAACCUCAUUUUUUUUUCUCUUUCAUUUAUAAAAUGCAACAAAUUUGAUGGCAUGAGCAGCAAUCAUCGACUUAUCUGGAAUAACAGUCCCUCAAUCAAAAUUGGUCAUUCUGAUCCAACGAUGUAUUUUUAUUAACCAUUAUCAUUUUUUUUUUUCAAUUCUCGGUUUUAUUGAAUUUUUGUUUUUAUCAAUGGUAACGAAUAUUAAAAAGUUCAUUACACCGACUCAAUAUGGCAUUCAAUUUAUUUUAGUAUUUUUUUCGCUAUUAUUUUUCUAGUUAAUGAUUUAUCGAUUCAGUUAUUAUGCGCUCGUCUAUUAUCUGCAUAACAAAAAAAAACCGAAUAUCAAUAGUAAAUAGUGUUUAAGAUUAAAUAUUAUAUCAUGAUAUUAAAUCAAUAUCCGUUACCGUCGUUGUAAUUUUGUGAUUGGCACAAGGAUGUGACCGUGGGAACUUUGACAAAAAAAAAAUCCUUAGGCUUUUUAUCUCGAAAUGACGUUGCAUAUUUCAAUCAUCUUAUUCGUUACGAGUGAUGACUUAUGGAUUCUCUGUUGAUCUUCAAUACGAGACGUUUAUCGUAUUGAAAACUUAAAGGGAAAGUAUAGCAAUUCAUAACUGCGGUUCACUUUUAUUUCUGUGCGGUCCAGAAAAAACAUUGCAUUAUGCAUAAAAAUAAAACGUUUUGAUGAUAAAUUUUUUAUUUAACAGAAUAAAAAAAAAAUAGAGGAAAUGCUCUCGCAUUGCAGAAGGCUACGGUAUUAUCUAAGAAAAAUCUAGACUAAGUAUUCAAAGUCCUUAUAUAGAUGAUUUAUAAAAUAUGUAUAUUAUUUGCACUCCACUUGAUAUGUGAACGCUUGAAGAAAUCAUUGGAUCAUAAAAUGGAGAAAGGAUAGGAGAAUAUAUUCAAACAGGUGUAGAAAACAAAGUCUAGUAUUUUAUAAUGUGUAAUUGAAAAAUUUUAACGAUAAUUAUCAACGACCCAUCGAAUUUAAAGAACUGUAGGAAAUAUCUGUUGAAUGAGUCAAAUUUUAUAACAUUUA